UCGUGGAGUACGUAAGCAGCAUCCUUCCGGAUAUUUCGGUGUUAAGCGUUUCAUUUCUAAUUCAAAUCCCCUUUUAACUUCACACACCGAAUCCAGAUUUUACCAUGUCAGGUAAACAACCAGAAAAGCCAAGACUUUGGAAAUGGCACGCGCGGGCGAAUUGAAGAAGCCUUCUGCUUCGUCGGCGAAGGGAAUGCCGUUUAUUGUAUCGUCGAAUGUCGAUAAGGCAGAUUCAGCCACUCGGAAACUUAUCCGAAGCCAUGCGAGACAGGGCAGGACGAAGAAAGUGAAUCGUCGUGCGGAUGAAAAACGAGCCGCCGGCUGGGGAACAAUAGCAGUCCGUACCCAGAGAUCUCGAGUAGAGUUACGGGAUGUUGUUGAGACCUAUACUCCGUUGGUACCUGGUCGUAUUGGGUCGGAUAUCUACUUCAUCGAAUUUCCCGAACAGGCGGAACAGUCGAUGGUUCUAAAUAUGGCAAGAUUCUCGAUUAUCGCAUCGGGUAUUAUAUUCCCGCUGAGAGCAGCUAUUGGUUUCCAGGAGGAUAGCCAGAAAUGGAGUUAUCUGUUCGGACUAGACCCUACAACCCUCCAUAUCACAGCGUUCGCUGUGCAGGGUUUUGUGGAUAGAGUGCUGCGCCGCCAGGAGAGUAGCACGAACCCCGCUGCGAUAAUGCACUUCCAGAAAGGACUUAGACUUCUUCGCGAGAGGCUUUUAGGGAAUGACGACAUAAUUAAAGUAUCGAAUUCUACGAUUAGUGCAGUUAUGAAGCUGGCUAGCGUCGCGCAUUUCGAUGGCAAUUGUGAAGCGUCAAAACACCAUAUGGAGGGUCUUUCUAAGAUGAUCAACUUAAGAGGGGGCUUGGAUGUAUUCAAAGGCACAUUGUUAUUGAUGGAAGCAGUGAGAUGCGAUAUAGGAAUCGCAUUACUUACCGGCUCAGCCCCGACGUUUUAUAGACAACCUUCGGAACUACUACCGGAGUAUCCCAAGAAGUUGAUUCCAGUCGUUGACAACAAAUUGCGCGGCACGGAGUCAAUUCCGAUUGAGGACAACGAAUUGUUGAUGGCUUGGCAAGUAAUGAGAAAGUUCUGCCUCCUCGUUGACCUCGGAGCACAGACCGAACGACUAAUCCGCCCGGAGAUUAUCGACGGCACAAUGGCCGCGGUCAUGUAUCGCCUGCUUCACAUGGAUUUCGCCUCCGAUUCAAUUGAUGAAGCUAUACGACACGGCCUAUUAACCUUUUCUUAUCAUAUCUUCUUACAAUGGCAAGACAUUCGACCACCCUAUCAUCGUUUUGCUACCACUUUUAAGAACUGCAUUAUUAACCUUCAUAAGACGGAUGGGAUCUCUCCUCGGUUAAUGCUUUGGCUACUAAUAAUAGGAUCCGUUUCGAUAUUCGAUAUUGCGGAUGACACAUGGUUAAGAGAGCUUAUGCAAGAAUACGCCGACCAGUGUCAGGUCAAGACAUGGAAGGAAAUGCAAGAGGUGUUGAAGUCUUUCAUGUGGAUUGUCUUGUUGGAUGAACCAGCAGGGAGGAAGAUUUAUGAUCUUCUAGGCCUGAAAAAAGGGAAACCGACGGAAUCAACGCAGUGUCCGAUAAGUUUUCUCUAAACGUGAGAAAUCCCGUUCCGUCUUUAAACAUUCCGAUUGAGAGGUAUGUAUAGCGACUCAUUAUUUUAUUUUUAUGUUGUCUGUUCGGUCUUCGGAUGAACC